AUUAGUUUCCUAUCUUUAAUCUGUUGCUAUAUAAAGCCCAUCAAAGGAGCGUCUUGCAAACCAAAGAGUCGAAAUGGCUCUUCAAGGAUACCACCUAUUUCUCCUAAUUCUUCUUGGCUCAUUGACUCAGAUUAAAUCUACCACACAAAGUAAUUUGACAGCUUCACUUAACCGACACAGUUUUCCUCCUGAUUUUGUUUUUGGAGCUGCUUCUUCAGCUUACCAGUAUGAGGUGGAGCUAGAAAAGGUGGUAAAGGACGAAGUACCUGGGAUAUUUUCACUCACAAACAUCCAGUUCGUGGUUCACUGUCUUGCAGGUAUAAAGCCUGUUGUGACCCAUUUCCACUGGGAUCUUCCACAAGCUUUAGAGGAUGAGUAUGGUGGUUUCUUGGGUCCCAACAUUGUGGAUGAUUUUCGAGACUAUGCAGGUAUUUGCUUCAGAGAAUUUGGUGACAGAGUGAAGCAGUGGAUCACCCUUAAUGACCCGUGGAGCUAUAGCACUGGAGGCUAUGCAACAGGCACGUUGGCUCCAGGUCGUCGUUCCAGUUGGCAGAAACUGAACUGCAGUGGGGGGACAUUCAGGAAAAGAACCAUAUUUGGCAGGGCACCACCUCCUCCUUGCUCAUGCAGCUGCUCUGAGCGUGACGGCAUACCAAUCGGUUCACUGGUGUGCACAUCUCAAUCAGUAAUUUUGUUUGAGACUGCCGGUUCAGAUUGGUUCUAUGUAUAUCCAAGAGGUCCCCGCCACCUUUUGCUAUACACAAAGAGGAAGUACAACAAUCCACUCGUAUAUAUCACUGAGAAUGGGGUUUACCAGGUGAAUAAUGACACGUUAUCACCAAAGAAAGUCCUCGCUGACAACUACAGGAUUGACUACCACCUUCAACAUCUUGCUUCCCUAAAAAGUGCCAUCAAGGCUGGCACUAACGUUCAAGGAUACUUCGCACGGUCCCUGUUGGAUGCUUUUGAAUGGAGUUAUGGUUAUACUGCAAGUUUGGCUUCUACUCUGUAGAUUACAAGAAUGGGUUCAAAAGACAUCCUAAACUCUCAGCUUGAUUGUUUAAGAGGUUUUUGAAGACAUAAAGAAACUAAAUGUCAUUUC